UAAUAUUUGGUGAGGAUGGGAACCAUGUUGGUGAUGCUAAUUUUGAUGUCGAUGUCGAUGAUGAUUAUGAUGGACAAUGUGUAUGCUGGAGAUACGAAUUCUGUUUUUGAUCCUUGUUCGGACACAAGAGUUCAGAGAUGGGAUGGUUUCACAUUUGGCCUUGUGUUUUCAUCAAAGGAAUCAUUUUUCUUCAAUGAAUCACAGCUCUCUCCAUGUGAUCGUCGCCUCUCCCUUACUGGAAAUUCUGCUGAACUCGCUGUUUUUAGGCCUAAAGUCGAUGAGAUUUCACUCCUUACAAUCAAUAACAGCAACUUCAAUCCUAGCAAAUCUGGUGGUUAUAUGGUUGCCUUUGCUGGACGCAAGUAUGCUGCUCGAUCAUUGCCUGCUUUUGUGGCAGACGGUACUCACACCGUUACAAGCUUCACUCUGGUACUUGAAUUUCAAAAGGGCACCCUCCAGAACUUGUUUUGGAAGAAAUUUGGGUGCGAUUCGUGCAAAGGAGAUUCUUUUGUUUGCCUCAAUAAAACUGAUUGUGCAGUCCCCAAUAAUAAGUGCAAUGGCAAUGGCGGAUCCAUUGACUGCAACGUGAGCAUACAAUUGGCCUUUUCAGGAACAGAUAAGAAUGAAAAUGUGCUGAACUCGUGGUACGAGGUUAAAAACCUCAGACAAUACUCCCUCUACGGUUUGUUUCAAGGUGUUAGUGAUUCUCUCACGAGUCCUUUUAAGAACCUUUUUUAGGACCAUAUAACGAGUUGUUGUUUGUAUAAUGUAUAAUGACCAUAAGAUUUCUGUUGUGCUUGUCCACGUAACUAGAAUAUAUAUCUCCUUUGUCCGUUGAAUAACUUGGUGAUUACUACAUAGAAUCCAGCCUGUUUUUGCUUGUACAGAUCUUCUCUCAA